CUUCAUUCUAUAGAGUUUUAGAGCUUCCAGAUUCACUAUGGGAAAGGAAAAGGUUCAUAUCAACAUUGUGGUCAUUGGCCAUGUCGACUCAGGGAAGUCGACCACCACCGGUCACUUGAUCUACAAGCUUGGGGGUAUCGACAAGCGUGUGAUUGAGAGGUUUGAGAAGGAGGCUGCUGAGAUGAACAAGCGUUCAUUCAAGUAUGCUUGGGUGCUUGACAAGCUCAAGGCUGAACGUGAAAGGGGUAUUACUAUUGAUAUUGCUCUAUGGAAGUUUGAGACUACUAAGUACUACUGCACUGUCAUUGAUGCUCCGGGACAUCGCGACUUCAUUAAGAACAUGAUCACUGGAACUUCCCAGGCUGAUUGUGCCGUCCUCAUCAUUGACUCUACUACUGGAGGUUUCGAGGCUGGUAUCUCUAAGGACGGUCAGACCCGUGAGCAUGCUCUCCUUGCUUUCACCCUUGGUGUCAGACAAAUGAUUUGCUGCUGCAACAAGAUGGAUGCUACCACUCCCAAGUACUCAAAGACAAGGUAUGAUGAGAUCGUAAAGGAAGUGUCAUCCUAUCUGAAGAAGAUUGGAUACAACCCAGAGAAAAUUCCUUUUGUUCCCAUCUCUGGAUUUGAGGGUGACAACAUGAUUGAGAGGUCCACCAACCUGGACUGGUACAAGGGUCCAACUCUUCUCGACUCCCUUGACAUGAUCAACGAGCCAAAGAGACCCUCGGACAAGCCCCUCCGACUUCCACUUCAGGACGUCUACAAGAUUGGAGGCAUUGGAACUGUUCCUGUAGGGCGUGUCGAGACUGGCAUCAUCAAGCCUGGUAUGGUUGUGACUUUUGCUCCCACUGGAUUGACCACUGAAGUUAAGUCCGUGGAGAUGCACCACGAGGCUCUCCAGGAGGCUCUUCCCGGUGACAAUGUUGGCUUCAACGUCAAGAACGUUGCAGUGAAAGAUCUCAAGCGUGGCUAUGUUGCUUCGAACUCCAAGGACGACCCUGCCAAGGAAGCAGCCAGCUUCACCGCGCAGGUCAUCAUCAUGAACCACCCCGGCCAGAUUGGGAAUGGUUAUGCUCCUGUGCUUGAUUGCCAUACCUCUCACAUUGCUGUCAAGUUCAACGAGAUUCUGACCAAGAUCGACAGGCGUUCCGGCAAGGAGCUUGAGAAGGAGCCCAAAUUUCUAAAGAAUGGUGAUGCCGGUUUUGUGAAGAUGAUUCCCACCAAGCCCAUGGUGGUUGAGACUUUCUCCGAGUAUCCCCCAUUAGGUCGUUUUGCCGUGAGGGACAUGCGCCAGACUGUUGCUGUGGGAGUCAUCAAGGCUGUGGAGAAGAAGGAUCCUAGCGGAGCCAAGGUUACGAAGUCUGCAGCCAAGAAGAAAUGAAUUGUGCGCUUUUCAGGCUAUCUUCAGUGUGGUCAUAGCACUUACAAUAAAGCAUGGUUGGUUGCUACUAGUGAUUGCAAUCAGUCCUUAAUUGCCGUCAGUGUCAGUCAUUGGCUCAAGUCUCCUCCGUCUUCGCGUGGCUAUUCGCAGAAUUGGGUGCUUGAUCGGCGGUGGCGAGUUUGUGUUUUUAGUCUUGUUUUUGUUGUCCUAGCUAUAAUAAAUUGGAACAGUGUAGUACACUGAGCAAUAUACUGCAUCGAAUGAAAUACAGUAAUAAUUUUUCUUUUAUCAAAAAUCAUAAUAAUACAACCCA